UUAUCUCCAUUUCACAGAUGAGUCUAAAGUUUAGGUCACAUGCCCCAAAUCACAGGAUUGGUUUUCGGGUUAGAGUACAGGUCUAGUUACCUCCAGAUAUAUUUGCUUCCGUACAUCAAGCUAAAAUCCAGAAUUUUUGAUGUUCUGAGCCUAUGUUCCUUUAGCCUAGUUUCACAAUUUGAAAGUACAAAGGAGCUCCGAGUUCUCCACGCGCAGUGUUGGGGACUGCUAAACUCACAUAACACAUCUUUCUACGCGGAACUAGAAAGCGAGAGCCUUGUUUCCUGGCGAAGAGAAAACAGUAAGGGACCGGAAGUUGCUUGUGUCAAUCUGGGUGCUGGCCCGCCAGACCCGGUUGAGGCCGUAGCGGACUGCCCUUUCCCAAGAUGGCUUCAAAGAUUGGUUCGAGACGCUGGUUGCUGCAGCUGAUCAUGCAGCUGGGUUCGGUGCUGCUCACACGCUGCCCCUUUUGGGGCUGUUUCAGUCAGCUCAUGCUGUACGCUGAAAGGGCGGAGGCGCGCCGGAAGCCUGACAUCCCAGUGCCUUACCUCUAUUUCGACAUGGGGGCGGCUGUGCUGUGUGCUAGCUUCAUGUCCUUCGGAGUGAAGCGGCGCUGGUUUGCGCUGGGGGCCGCACUACAGCUGGCGAUUAGCACCUACGCUGCCUACAUCGGUGGCUACGUCCACUACGGGGACUGGCUGAAGGUCCGUAUGUACUCACGUACAGUUGCCAUCAUUGGUGGCUUUCUGGUGCUGGCCAGCGGGGCUGGGGAGAUGUACCGUCGGAAACCUCGAAGCCGUUCUCUGCAGUCCACUGGCCAGGUGUUUCUGGGCAUCUACCUCAUCUGUGUGGCUUACUCACUGCAACACAGCAAGGAGGACCGGCUGGCAUACCUGAACCAUCUUCCAGGAGGGGAGCUGAUGAUCCAGCUGUUCUUUGUGCUGUAUGGUGUCCUGGCCCUUGCCUUCCUGUCAGGCUACUAUGUGACCUUGGCCGCCCAGAUCCUGGCUGUAUUGCUGCCCCCGGUCGUGCUGCUCAUCGAUGGCAAUGUCUCCUACUGGCACAACACACGGCGUGUUGAGUUCUGGAAUCAGAUGAAGCUCAUUGGCGAGAGUGUGGGGAUCUUUGGGGCUGCAGUCAUCUUGGCUACUGAUGGCUGAAUUCGACAAGGAAUGGCUGAGAUGGGCACAGGGGGCCACUGAGGACUACCCUACCUUUCUCCUUGCUGACCCAGUUGCUGUUUAUUUAUGCCUCUUGGUUUGUUUGAUUUUUUUUUUUUUUAAUAGUUUUCUUCCCUAAGUUCCUGGCUCAGCCUGUGGGAAGAUGGGAGCCCUCAUGCAUUAGCCUUACAGUGUUGUUUUUUUCUUCCCUGUUUUUUAGGGGAAAGCUGAGGCUUGCUGCCCGCUGUGUGACCAGGGAGGGAAGAGUCCCUGAAAAGGGAGUAAGGCAGAGAUGGGGUACAUGUACUAAGACUGGCAUAUAGGAAGAUCUGGAAGGGAACAAAUGUGAAAAGUUCCUUCUGAACCUGGCAGAUGCAGCUAAGCUAAAAAGUGCUUUUCAGACUGGGUAUACCCAUGUAUUCACACAUGUAGGGGGGACCGUGCGGGAGAAACAGUGGCUACUUUAGAGGUCAUGUGGGUUCUUGGGAAAUGGUGGGACAGAGAGCUGUCACCCGCUGUUGAGUUCAGAGCAGGCCCUGGUCUGCUCUGGGAUAUGCUGGGAACAGCAGACUGUGGCCAGCCCGUCCACUCCCUCAUCUGUUUCCAACUCCUUGGUUGGCCUGGUUGGGUGGAGUACCCUCCCAAACACCAGACCACACAGU